AUGGACAAGGACCAGUGGAUGGAGGCUAUUGUGGAUAAGCAGGCCACAUAUUCUUCCUAUACCGCGGGGUUUGCCGCGGACAGGGCCUCCAUUAAGGCGGCCGGCAAACGGAAGCAGUCCCCAUGGGAGGACAAGGCCAACCAGGGCCGGGUCAUGCAGCGGCACUGGUUGAAUACCAUGGACAUGACAGCCGCGUUGCAGCAGAUGACAGGGCAGGAGACUAUCCAGUUCCGUGGGGUGCAGACCCUGGUGUUGCAGGCCAUCCAGGACAGUAAGAGCCCGGUGGUAGCGGUGAUGCCCACUGGGGGAGGCAAGAGCAUGUUAUUCAUAUUGCCCACAUUUGCAGAGCCCAGCAGGACAACUAUUGUGGUGAUGCCAUUACUCGCAUUACACAGCGAUAUAGCAAGACAAUGCCAGGCAUUGGUCAUGCCCGAGUCCGCGGUCACGGACAAUUUCCACAUGUUCAUUAACUGA